ACGACCAUUUAGCGUAAAUAUCUUUAAAUGUUAAACUGAAAAAUUAAUUUGGAUAAAAAAAUUAAUGCAGUAAAUGUAAUAAUUUAUUUGGAUGGUGAAUUUAUUACAAUUGAUUUGGUAAAAAAUCGAAUUCCUAAACAUUUUACAUCGAUUGUGCGAAUGUUAUGCAUAUAUGUAUGCAAAACCAAUUGCACCAAUACAUAUCUAAAGUUAAAAAGGUGCAAAAUUUACGUCACAAAAAGGACGUGUUAAUUCCAACAUACUAUAUAAAUAUGAAUAAUUUAAACAAUAGUGUUGAUGAACCAGUUGAAUGCCCUUUGUGUAUGGAACCACUGGAAGUAGAUGAUCUUAAUUUUUUCCCAUGUACUUGUGGAUACCAGAUUUGUAGAUUCUGCUGGCACAGAAUUCGAACGGACGAAAACGAGUUAUGCCCAGCAUGUCGAAAAGAAUAUCCCGAAAAUCCUGCUGAUUUUAAGCCAUUAACUCAAGAAGAG